AAGCAUCCUGCAACUUAGUUUUGCAUUUUCUUUUGCUCAGCUAUGAACGCGGCAUACGCGCUCCUCUCCCACGAUGAGUAUACACAUACGCGCCGGAAAUAUCUACGUGUACGUGGUUGGCGGAUCGUGAUUGCCGGCGACUGCGCAAUCGUUGAAGCGGUGCCGGUCGGCAGCGGAGACUCCAGAAUGGACCACAUUUAUACAGACACAGCCGAAGAUGAAGUAUGUCGUCCUUAUUGUCAUAUGGAUGAAAAAGAGGAAGGAGAGUUCAACGUGGUUGCGGUGGUGAGGUUAAUCACGGCUUUUCCUAGCUUUGCUGGAGCACUAUCCAUUGUCUGUUCAGCUGUGUACAGAAAAACUCUCUGCAAUCCCAAGGUACACCCAAUAUUUGUCCUGUCGAUUGUGGACACUCUGCUAAGUAUACUUUGGAUCACUGGAGCACUGGUGUGGCUGAAAGGUGAUGGACUCAGUGCAUAUCAAAACUUCAGAGUUGGCUGUUUUACAAUCAACUGCAUGACUGUGAUACUGCAGUGCAUAGCUAUGAAUGUGACUCUAAUUUAUGCCCUCCUGGCAUACUCCAGUAUCAAACAAAGAGACUUCAGUGGUUUUUAUAUGGUGCAGCAGAGACCUGGGUCAGUUCAUGUAUGGCCUCCUGUCUGCUCUUUCACUGCCUACUCCAUUGCCUGGUGUGUUUCCACCCAAGUCCUACCUCCAAAUUAUGAAAACCUCUGCAGGACUCUACCUAUCAUUUUGAUAAUGAUUCCAUUUGGUGUGAUAUCCCAAUACUACAAGAUAGUGGAUCAAGCUAACAACUGCUCCUGCUGGUGCUUACCAUUUUAUGGGAACGUUUUGCCUCAUCCACAGAUAGGUCACCAAAAUGUCAAGGACAAUUACAGAUUCCAUUUGCAUCGCUUUAUUAUGUCCUACUCUGUGAUCCUUAUUCUAAACUUCACCGUUGUGUUUUGCUGUAUGGCAGUGAUUUAUUUCAAAGUUUUUCGUCGAAUAAAACACAUGUCAACACAACAAGAGAACAAUAACAAUGCUACUCUAUAUGGAGCAACUCAGGCCAUGAUUCUUGCUGGACAGAAAGAUGCAAAGAAGAGGGUGUUCAUUUUUUUCACUAUUUACAUCAUAUCUGGAGUAAUGACUUUUGUAUUUGGGCUCUUCAUGAUUGUUACACUGGUGCGGAUGUAUAAUGGGAAUACACUCGAUCCUAAGAAAGACUUGAAGAUUACAUACACCUUUCUUCUGUUGGAGGCAAGUGAUGGUUAAAAGAGCUUAAGCGAUAUAUUUUGCUCUACACAGGCAAUAUUUGUCCCAUCACAAGGAUUUAUGAAUGCUGUAGCCUAUGGUUGGACUCGUGGAGAUUUUCUGAGUGUUAUGUCUACCACACGACACAAUAGACUAAAAUCUGGUUCUAUAGCUGCCUCCUAUGAAGCGACAGAAGGAGAACAAGAAGCGAAGGAGGAGGAAGAGGAGGUGGAGACAGAUGACGAGGAAAAGAAGGAGGACUGGGAGGGAGGGGAAGAGUUCUGUAGAGGGAACUCCAUCUUAUUCUCCUCCAGCAGAGCUCUAGACUCAAUGACAGGAGGAAGGAAUAUUGCCCCUUUUUAGAUGUCUCCUGGAACAAGAAUUGAUAUUAGCUGCAUGUCAACUUAUUAGUAUGUUGUGGUUGUGAUGCAAACAUUUUCACUUCGAUAUUUUCACCAGGCCC